AUGGACUUACAACAGGGUGACGGCAUGGAGGAAGAUAUUUAUGCUUCAUUUGAACCGGAGAUGCAAGAUGCGUUCGGUGACAUGGCGCAGGGCGGGACUCAGGGCUUCCCACGAGGCAUGCCAGCUGGUGCCAAUGGAGGUCCUGGAGGAGUGAAGAACCCGCUCAUGCAGGCGCCUCCGUCAAAGUGGGGUGGAGAGAGCGGUGGCUCAGCGUGGGGCGUUCCCGGUAGCCGCUUAGAAAACUUUGGCGGAGCUGCGGCCCGACCCAUGACGUCCAACCGCGGAGUUGGCUUUAAUGCAGCGAAGGGACGCAAUGUUAAUGGUGCAGUGUUUGACCCAACAGGACAGGGCCGUACGGCAAUGGCAAUGGGGCCGGCACCACCACUCAAGAAGCGGGGGGAGAACAGCCCCGAGGAGCAGUGCGUGGAAAUUGAAAAAAUGACGCACAAACUCAUUGAGGAGAGCGCUGUAUUGGCACUGCGCAAAGACUACGGAGGCGCAUUAGAGAAGGCGAAAGAAGCCGGUAAGAAGGAGCGCUUCCUCUGCAAGCAGCGUGAGAACUUGGGCCUUGCGGAUCAAAUCAACUCUGACCUCACUUACGCCGUGCACUUUAACCUAGCGGUUCAGUACCAGAACCACCAAAUGUAUACCGAGGCACUGAACACAUAUAAUUUAAUUAUCCGCAAUCUGCAGUUUCCAUAUGCUUCACGGCUUCGGGUAAAUAUGGGAAAUAUUUACGCCGCACAAAAUAAGUAUUUGCUUGCCAUUAAAAUGUACCGAAUGACGUUGGACGAGACUCCGUCGGCUUCCAAGGAACUGCGCUAUAAACUUAUGAGAAACGUUGGCAAUGCGUUUGUGAAACUUGGGCAGUAUCGCGAUGCGGUGAGCAGUUACGAAGCCAUUAUGGAAGGGAACGGUGACAUCGACGCGGCCUUUAACCUCCUUUUGUGUUACUAUGCAUUGGGUGAAACCGAGCGGAUGAAGCGGACAUUCCAGAAGAUGUUAACAUUUAAAACACUCGGUGCGGAAGGGGAAGACGAAAUCGAGGAGGGGGAAAAGGAUGUUCUCGUAGACGACUCUUUGCGGGAGAAGAUUAAGGAGGAACGUACACACUUUCUUUACUGUAUUAUGACGGCUGCUCGGUUGAUUGCCCCCGUCAUCGAAAAGGAUUGGCGUGCUGGGUAUGAUUACUUAAUUGAACGUCUCCGCCAUUACGAGAUGCGUGACUCCUCGUCGCAUUUGGCAAGUGAAUUGGAGAUGUGCAAAUGCCUCUACUACCUGAAGCAUAACAGUUACAAGGAAGCUACCGAGGGACUGAAGGCUUUCGAGAAGAAGGAUAAGUUACUGCGGGCGCGAGCGGCAACGAAUUUAGCAUACUUGUACUUCCUGGAAGGGGAUUAUGAAAGUGGCGAGAGGUAUAGCGAUAUGAGUCUUGAAGCAAACCGUUACAAUGCAAGAGCGCUUGUUAACAAGGGAAAUUUCUUCUUCAUCAAAGCUGAUUAUGAAAAGGCACGAACUUACUACAAUGAUGCGCUUGCCGUUGAGGCCGACAACAUUGAAGCUAUAUAUAACCUCGGACUCACAGCGAAGCGGCUUGGCUUGUACGAGGAAGCCUUGAAGAUGUUCAAGCGGGGCCAGUCGCUAGUUGAUAGCCAUGAAAUUGUAUAUCAGAUUGCUGAUAUCAGCGAUCUAGUGAGCAGUCCUGCCACCUCUGAGUGGUUUAAUAGGCUUGUUGGCCGUGUUCCGACCGAUCCUAAUAUUUUGGCACGUAUGGGUUCCCUCUACGCUCGCGAAGGGGACGACAGUCAAGCGUUCCAUUAUUAUUUGGAGGCUUAUCGCUACUUCCAGGUGAAUAUGGAUGUUAUCUCUUGGCUUGGUGCUUACUUUGUGAAGAAUGAGGUGUACGACAAGGCCAUUCAAUUCUUUGAGCGUGCCUCACAAAUUCAACCACAGGAGGUGAAGUGGCAACUCAUGGUCGCCUCGUGUCAUCGCCGCCGCGGAGAUUACGUGCAGGCCAAGCGACUCUACGAGGCGCUUCACCGUAAGUACCCGGAGAACCUUGAGUGCUUGCGGUAUCUGGUUCACCUAUGUAAGGAUGCUGGUUUGAUCGAUGAAGCAAAUGAGUGGUUCAUGAAAGUAAAGAAAUUAGAAGAGCGCCGCCAGGUGGAAGACAGUGCCGUGAGUGGCGGCGCUGACGACGAUGACGGUGCAAAGACGGUUUCACCCACUAGCGCGGCCCCCGGUGCAGCCACCGCCGGACGACGCGCAACAGUUGGGCUGGGCGAUAAGUCGACCUUGUCAGGUGCCGAUGAGGACGACAUCGUGGGUGAGUCGCAGUCCUCGGUGGCCCGAAAAAAGGCGGUGCAAAGCAGUGGAGAUGAAAUUGACCUCCCGGGAAUAUAG